UCAGCGUUGGGCAGGCCCAUCCCGACCAAAUCAAAAGGCCCAGGCCCAGCCCAAAGGCAAGAAAGAGGGUCAGCAGUCUCCCCACACCCACUCCUCUCGCGUCGCCGGCUCCAAAUCGCCGAAACCCCAAAUUCCAUUCCCCCAUCUCCAUCUGCAGGCCGCACCCACGCACGCAUCCAUCCCCCCGAGCUCAGACCACAGAGGAGAACGAAAUGCUGCGCCACGCCGCCCACCGCCUGGCCUCCCGCGCCGCCGCCGCCGGCCGCGGCUCCGUCAGCCGCAGGGCCCUCGCCACGGCGGAGGUGCCCGCGGAGGCCGGCGAGGACCCCGCGUUCCUGGAGGCGUGGAAGAAGGUGACCACCAUCAUCGAACCCCCACAGACGCCCUUGGCUGCCAUGAAGCCCCGCCCGCCUACGCCGGCCUCCAUCCCCUCCAAGCUCACCGUCAACUUCGUUCUGCCCUACAAGUCCGAGAUCGACAACAAGGAGGUUGACAUGAUAAUGGUACCAGCUACAACUGGCCUGAUGGGUAUUUUGCCAGGCCAUGUUUCCACAAUCGCAGAGCUGAAGCCUGGUGUUCUAUCUGUACAUGAGGGAAAUGACGUGACCAAGUACUUUGUGAGCAGUGGCUUUGCAUUUGUCCAUGCAAACUCCAUUACUGAUGUUGUGGCUGUCGAGGCUGUCCCCCUGGAUCAGAUUGACCAAAGUUUGGUCCAGAAGGGUCUUGCUGAUUUCACUGCCAAGCUUGGCUCAGCCUCAACUGACCUAGAGAAGGCUGAGGCUCAGAUCGGAGUGGAUGUUCACAGUGCGCUCAAUGCCGCAUUGACCGGUUGAUGACGACAUCUUACAUUUCUUAUGUCUGGUUGCAUCUACAAUUUUAGAGUGUGAGUUGAAGUUUGCAAACUCAUGUGCAAAGGAUGGAGGGAAUUAUGUUAAAUAAAUUAUACUCCAUCUCAAAGAAAGACUUGUGUUUCUUCCAUUAAAUCUGAAUCCUGCAAGGAGUUUUGUAAUGGUGAAUAUUUUUCUCCAUCCUCCAAAAUCCAGUGCUGCAUUACAUUUUCAUUUUUGA